AUGAUUAAUCCACAGAUUAACAUCUAUGAUACACUCCUUAAUGGUAUUCAACCGGAACAUGCUAACGAUAUUAGACUUGUAAUGUAUAAGUUCAUAAUAAACGAAUUCUCAUAUGACAAAGCAAUAGCCGAAUUGAGAAGAUAUUCUUCGUCGACCGAUCCAAUUGAUAAACUUCAAAAGUUAAUGUGUGUUUCGGAACACCCUUUACCAAGUAAAAGAUAUCCAUCACAGAAUUAUAUGGAAAAGAAAAUGAAUUCAUGGUCACAAGCUGAAGACCAAAGGUUACUGGCUGCAAUACAUCGUUUUGGUCCAAAAGAUUGGACACAGAUUUCUUUAUUUGUUGGGAAAAAUAGAAAUAGAAAUCAAUGCUCCCAAAGAUGGCUGCGUUCACUUAACCCACUUAUAAAUAAAACAUCUUGGAGUCAAGAUGAAGAUCUUCAACUUCUUGAUUCUGUCAGUAAAUAUGGACUCAGAUCAUGGACAAAAGUUUCUUUAGAGAUGGAAGGACGUACUGAUGUUCAAUGUAGAUAUAGAUAUCAGAUCCUUAUGCGAAAAAAUCAAGGAAAUAUAGCAAAAUAUAAACAAAAUUUAGAGCAGCAUUUGCAAAGUCAGCAGGGUCAAUCUAAUAAAGAUGAUAAUCCGAAGGAAAUACAAAUAAUAGAUGAUAAUAAUAUCAAUGAUGAUAGGCAAAUCAAAAUUGAUGAUUCACGAAUAGAUAAUUUAAUGGAUAUGAUUAAAGAGAUGGUUUCAGAUCCCUCAUCAGUAUUUAAUUUUGUUGAUUAG